ACCAACCACUGAAAGUGAACGACAAAGUCGAGUCAAAAGGGUUGUUGAUUGUAAUUUAAAAUCAAAAGAAAUUAAUGUCACAACUGCUGCAGUGGGAAUGGGUUUAUCCACAGCCCAUACAUCGAAGAUAUAUCAUUUUGACAAGGUUUUUGGACCCAACUCUACGCAACUUGAUGUCUAUAAAAGUGUUGUAGCCGGUCAAUUGCAAGAUGUUUUAGCUGGGUACAACUGCACGGUUCUUGCGUAUGGACAAACUGGUACCGGAAAAACUUAUACAAUGGAAGGUGAGAGAAGCAUGGAAGAUGAAUAUACUUGGGACACGGAUCCUCGAGCUGGUAUUAUUCCUCGUGCAUUGAGUCAAUUGUUUGAUCAAUUGGAAAAGGGUGGAGCUGAAUACAGUGUACGAGUUUCUUUGUUGGAAAUAUACAAUGAAGAUAUUUACGAUCUUUUAUCUUCAUCUUCCCAAACGAUAAAAAUGAGAAUUUAUGAAGACAACAGCAAGAAAGGUUCUGUUGUUGUAUCUGGUCUUACUGAAGUUGUUGUUCGUAACAAAUGUGAUAUCUAUGACAUCUUACAACAAGGAGCUGCUAAACGUAGGACUGCAGCCACAGAUCUCAAUGAAUUUUCAAGCAGAUCACACAGCAUAUUCACUGCUACCAUUCACACUAAAGAUGUGACACAAAACAACAUGGAAGAAGAAGAACUUGUUAAGAUUGGAAAACUUAAUUUGGUUGAUCUUGCUGGUAGUGAAAAUAUAGGAAAGUCUGGUGCGGUGGAGAAACGGGCUCGUGAAGCUGGAAAUAUCAACACAAGUUUACUCACAUUAGGCAGAUGCAUUACAGCUCUUGUUGAAAAGGCUCCUCAUGUCCCUUACAGGGAAAGCAAACUGACACGUUUAUUGCAAGAUUCACUCGGUGGAGCAACGAAAACUUCAAUAAUUGCUACAAUUUCCCCCGGCAGUGAUAAUGUUGAGGAAACAUUAAGUACACUUGAUUAUGCGUGUCGUGCUAAGAACAUUAACAACAAACCCAGGGUUAAUCAGAAGCUAACAAAGCGUGCACUGAUCAAAGAAUAUGAUGAUGAAAUUGAUCGUUUACGACGAGAAGUGAAUGCACUUCGUGAAAAACAUGGGAUUUAUCUAGAUCCAAAACAAUACGAAGAGAUGGUUGAAAAGAUAAAAGAAUUAACAUCAACACUUCAACAACGAACUCAAGAAAUGGAUGAGUUUAAAUUUCUUUUUAAAAAUUCUUCCAAUGAACUGAAUGAAAUAAAACAAGAAUAUGAGAUUUUAAACGAUGAUCUUACACUGACAAGAAUGAAGUUAGCUGAACAAACACAUUUGAAAGACGCUUAUAUGAAGCAUGGGGUGAAAGUAACUGACCAAGCUACUAAGCUUCUUAUAACAGCGGAAAAUGUGACAAAUGAAAUCGAAAAGGUUCACGAUAAAGUUGUUCGUGUUGAAACUACUAAUCAUGAAAAUCUUAAUUCCACUUCCAACUUCACUGAAACCAUGCAAGCCAACAUCAGUCGUCUUAAGUCAGACACGAUGCUUAUGUUGGAAAGAAACAAUAACUCGAUGGAGAAAGUUCAUGAUGCAUUAAAUAAUAUCGUGAAACAGCAAAAACAGAAUAUUUCAGCAAUAAAAGGACAAGUUGGUCAAUGGGACGAGGCUGUGUCGGUUAUGUCUCAGGAUUUCCAGCAACUUUAUGAAGGUUUGUCAUUAAAACUUAAUGAAGGAUAUGAAAAAAAUAUGAUCGACAUUGCUCAACAUCAGGAAACUUUGCUGCUUGUUUUACGAACUUCGAUGCAAAAAUUGCUUGAAUUUAAAACUCAGUCAAAACAGCUCAUGGAAACGUUUGAUUUGGUUGAAUCUACUUCUAACCAACAACGACAACUUUGUGAAGCACGUAAGCAAAUUUACGCAGCAAGCAAAAAAACUCUUGACUUGAAUAUUUCUGUCUUUAAUAAAGCUUCAGAUCAACUCAUAGAAGAACAAAAGGAUGAUUUAACAGCAAUGAAAAACGAAAUGUUUGAAAUGGUGAACAGAAACAUGAGCAGUAUUUUCACAAAACUUGAGAGUAAACGCGCAGUGAUCAAACAUGCUGUACGAGAUGUUGAGGAGAACGCACUCUGUGCGCAUCAACAGAUGGAUAAUAAUGAACAACAAGUGGUUCAAUUAACAAACAAAGCAGAAGCACAGAUCAGCAGUGCAAUUAAAGAAUACACAACCAACAGCAAUCAAAUAAUGGACCUUGUGGAAAGCAACCUUCAUCAAGCAGUGGAUGAAUCAAGUGAGAAUGUUGUCUGUGUCCUCCAGUGUCAAGAAGAGUUGCAAGCAGAGUGGAAGACUGGAUUGGAAGAAGGACUUGAACAAGUGAAGGCAACAAAAAAAGUUUCGUCUGAAUUUCAAGAAUCUGUAAAUGAGUCAAUAGUUACUCAAAUUAACAAUUUGUCAUCUAAUGUUGAUGAAACAUUUCAACGUCUCACUGAUUCAAAUCUUAUCAUUCAUGAAGAUGGCAUAAAACUUGCAUCAAGUUCAGAAUCAAUGAUGUCUCAUCUUGAUGAGUUUCAAUGCAACAUGAAACCGAUCCAGCCAACAGGGGAAACACCGGCAAGGAAGAAAUAUGAAUACCCUCGUUCUAUCGUAACCCCUCUGUGUGAAAAAGAUGUUUUGCAACGAUUAUUAUUAGAUGAUGAUGAUGAAUCUCAUCAUGAUGAUCAUGAGGUUCACGAUGAGAUGGAUGAACUUGUUGAAGAUGAUUUUGAUGUAGAGAGUGAAGAUGCAAUGAGCGAAAAUUCGGAUCCAAUUUUAAAUCAAAGUAUAACAAUUCCAGAUGUUGGGGGAAUUCCAUUUUUUAAGAAAAGUAAGCCUACAAGAUCUGCAAAGAAAAGUGGAAAUCAUUCAACUAAUAAUCAACCAAAUACAAGAAUACCACUUCGUGCUUCUCAAAACAUUAACAUAAUUUAAAUUCGUAAAAGUAUGUUUUGUUUAAAACUGUACAUUUGUUGCAUUGAACUUUGCUGUAGUAUUUGCUUUUAAACUGUCUAUUGAUUUUAAGCUGCCCUAACAUGUAUAUAUAAUAAUACUGUCAUUAACUUCAUUUGUGUGCUCUUUUAUUUUUUUACUAAUUUUUGAUUGAUACCUGAAGCAGUAAGUUUUAGAAACGCAUUUUCAGCAAUUUUUAUGUUAAAAGUACAUAUUAACCAUGCAAAUUG